ACAAUUAUUGAUUGACUCAUUCACUCAUCAGAUAUGUCUACGGAUGGGACUCACAGUCGCAACACAUCGUUAUGUCUCUAUACGCCGAUGAGAAUGGAGUUGUGAAUUGUAUCGAACCCCACCCGACGGCGCCAAUUAUGGCCACAUCUGGUUUGGACGAUGACGUGAAAGUGUGGGUUCCGUCGGCUAAUGAAUGGCCGCAGACUAUGAAAGGCAUAAAACAGCGCAUUUGUGCGAAUGUCAAAGAGAGACAACGGUCUCAGAGACGACUGGAAAGGCUCGGAGACGGCUUCGAUAGAGUGGACGGCGCUAUGGAUGCGGCGAUGCUCUACGAAAUCAUAAGACAUAUGAGACGGCGCUCCCGCAGGAGGAGAAAUGCAAAUAAUGACAACGAAGAGGACGACAGCGACGAUACAGAUAGUGAUAGCGAUGCAGACAAUGGCCCACAAGAAUGCAUUCAAUCUUAAAUUUGUUCAUAAAACUAAUGGUUUGCCUAAUAUUUGUAAAUAAAUGACGAAAUAUUUUAAGGUUUAUAUUUAAAUUCAAAGUAAAUGUUUAUUUUGUUGUUAAAUAUGACAAUUACUGUAAAAAUUAUAUUU